AUGCCAAAAGAAGUGAUUUGUGUUGACAACUUGUCUCUAAGCCAAGCAAAGCCAGUUGAAAGGGUUUUGUUUCCAGAUAAGGCUGCAAUAUCCAAAUUGCUUGAUGAGAAUGAUAAGUGUCUACUGAACAAGAUUUACAAUUUGGAAACCACAGAUGCAAUCAUAUGGUCCGGCACAGGAAAUGGAGUAUAUGUUACAUUGCAUGAUGUGGAUGCAAUUCUGAGAGAUGGUGAUACUGCAAAUAAUGUCAUUGACAGCUUCAUAGAAAUGCUUGAGAUUGAGCAACAAGUCAAGAAGCCAGAAAAGAAUAAAUCAUUCUUUUUCUCAAGCCUUUGUUGGUCUUUAGUGAAAUGGGGUUAUGGGGAGCUGAGAAAUCAUUUAAUUGAUAAAGUCCUUCAACAAGAUUUGAGUGGAUAUAGAUACCUUCAUUUUUGCAUGAAUUCCAAUGGGAACAAAAAGGAAGAAAAACCCUACCACUGGACACUUCUUGUAUUUGACACUGAACUUGAUGAGUGGAGACAUUACAAUUCUUUAAGGCCAAGAGACAACAGAGAAGAUCCUUACCUUAAGGAUGCAAAAAAGAUUAUAACAUAUGUGGAUAGCAAGUUGGCCAACAAAACGAAAAGAGGUAGAAAAAAGUUUGCAAACUUGGUUUCGGUGAAAGAUAGUCCACAACAACGCCCAACAUCGUGA